AUGGAGGCGCUGGCGGUGCUGGCGGCGGGCGCGGCGCUCCUGCUGGGGCUCUACGCGCUGCUCUACUACAAGUUGGUGGCGGCCACCCGGUGUCGGAACGCGGUCAGCCUGCGGGGCAAGACGGUUCUCAUCACAGGUGGAAAUGCAGGGAUCGGGAAGGCCACAGCGGUGGAUCUUGCCCGGAGAGGCGCCCGUGUCAUUCUGGCAUGCCGCGACAAAGCAAGAGGAGAAUCGGCUGUGUGGGACAUCAGACGGGAAAGUGGGAACUCGGAGGUGAUCCUGAUGAUCCUGGAUCUGGCCAACCUCAACUCCGUGCGAGCUUUCGCAGAGACCUUCUUAAAAUCGGAGCCCCGUCUGGACAUCCUCAUCAACAAUGCCGGGGUCUUUAAGGACGGUCAAACUGCUGAUGGCUUUGACCUGGGUUUCCAGGUCAACCACCUGGCUCACUUCCUGCUGACCCAUCUGCUCUUGGACCGGCUAAAGCGCUGCGCCCCAAGCCGGGUUGUAAUCACGUCCUCGAGUGGGCACUGGGCUGGGAAGAUUGACUUUCGGACCAUCCACAAACCGGUGGAGGGGAUGUGGCAGGCCCUACAAUCGUACUCCAACAGCAAACUGGCCAACGUUCUCCAUGCGCGAGAGUUGGCCAACCGGCUGGAAGGAACCAACGUCACCUGCUACGUGGUUCAUCCAGGAAUUGUUAAAACCGAAAUUGGUCGCUCCUGUCCCCGUUGGCUCCCUUGGUUGCUUUGGUUCAUGAAGCUGUUCAUCCGAGACAGCGACACUGGUGCCCAGACCACCAUCUACUGCGCCACCGAGGAGGGCAUCGAGAGGCUGAGCGGGCAGUAUUUUGUGGACUGCCAGCCGAAGGUGCCCAGUCCACAGGCCCGCGAUGACCAGCUGGCCAAGAAGCUCUGGGAAUUCAGCGAGAGGCUGCUGGGACUGACCAGCUAA